GCAUAAUAAUUUGCAUUUUCAUACUCCAAAUUUAAUUAAAUCACAACUUAGUUACUAUAAUGUACAUUUUAUAUUUUGAUACUCCAAAUUUAAUGUUAAUGUAAAAUCAUUGAACAAUUAUAUUUUGGCAUCUAAAUUAUAUUAUAUGUAAACGUAAAGUUCAAUUUGCAUUUUGAUACCCCAAAUUUAAUUAAAUCACAACUUAGUCACUAUAAUAUACAUUUUAUAUUUUGAUACCCCAAAAUUAAUUUUAAUGUAAAAUCAUUGAACAAUUAUGUUUUGGUAUCUAUAUUAUAUGAGAUUUUCGUACCUACACGUUUUUAAAUUUACAUAUUGGUCCAAUGUUUAGAUUACACUUGAAUCCAAUCCACCAUAACAUAAUUUGUUUGUGCAAUACAAGAUGUUGUCCUUUUGAAUCAAUCCACCAUAACAUAUUUAGUUUGUACAAUACAAGAGGUAUCACUCAACUGUAGGAGAUUCGACUAUUUUAUACUUGCUCAUUACGUGAAACAUUAAAUAAAUGAUAAAAGAAAGACGACUCUAAAAUAUUGCAAGAGUGAAUUUAUAAACUCAUUUAGUACAUUUACGGGGUACUAAAUAAACUUCUACUAACUGCAUGUAACAAAAUAUGCGACAUCUAAAAGCAAGUAUCAAUAAAUCGCUAUCGUGAAAAGGGUUGACUAUUGUAUUGACGACCAACUAAAAGAAUUGGUCAAAACAUUUCCAUUAUCUACUUCCUUUUCGUUUCAUUUUUCACUCGCCUUCCAUAACCCUUUCUUUAUUUCUUUCUUUGCCUUCUUCGUCUAACCCUAAUUAGAAUACUAUUUUUAUGUAUUUUAAUAUCAAGUAUGAAUGAGUCCAUACACGACUCACCAAUAGUUUAGAGAAUUAAUAAUUGAACCAUGAACCACUAAAUUUUUUUAGUUCAAUGUCGAGUCCAAUUAAAAAUAAAUAUAUAUGAUUAUUACUUAUUAGAAAGUCUUCAUUUUCCACUAUGCGUUUUGAGGGCGUGAAAUUUAAGCGAGUUCCUAUUUGUAUUCCUUUUGCUUCUCUCUAGAGUUUUUCUUUUUCACCCUGGCUAAAAUUUUCAACAAUUAUAUAUACAUGAAAUGUUGGCUAGGUAUCUAUACAUAUCAAAUAAAUAGUUUUCCUUUUUCUAUAAAAAGGUAAAUAAUUAUUAUCUUAAAUACAUCACCAUAAAAGGAAUUAAGCCUCAAAAUUACAGUUCGAUACCUAAACUUAAUAGAUCUUUAGAUUUAUAACCUAAUUUUUUGACAUAUAAGUCCUCAAAAUAUUGAUGGAACAUUAUAUUUUAGUACCUAAAAUUUUUGUGUAUUACAUUUUGGUACAUAAACUUUUGAAGUUCUACAAAUAGGUCUAAUUUUUGUAUGUGUAGUUAAAACACCCUCGAAUAAAUGGGUAUCCAUACCCAACUCAUACACAUUGAGAUUAUGGAUGUAAAUAUUCAUACCUACACAAAAUCAUCUACAAACUUUCAAACCCAUAUAUACUUUACCCAUGCGCUACCCAUAAUCAAUGGGUCUACUUAGGUUUUAGUAAAUAUCAUUUACUAGCCAAAAUUUAAAAAAAAAAUUGGAUGUUGACCGCCAUAUAUUUCCUUUCAGUCAAUAUCAUAUUGUCACGUCAAUAUUAUUAACAAAACUGCUAACAAAAAAUUAAUUUUAGCCUAAUAAUACUAACAAAACACCAUAACGGGGCACGUAAUACAUGUCCAUAUGCCAUCUCUGCCCCGCGACAAGGCGCGGUAUCAUAACCUAGUAACUAUUAAAAGGGAAGGGGUUAGAAUCUUACCAACUAAUCUAUUUUUCAUAUUUUAUACACUAUUACAUGUAAAUAUAUCUUAAUCUGAAAGUUUUGCGCCAUUAUCGUAUUACCCAUAACACAUCACCCUUGAUAAUAGUUCAGUAUCAUCCAUUGCUCGUGAAACCAGUGGCAGAAAACCAACAGUUGAGGAUGUUUUACUUGUUAAGUGACUAAAGCAUAAUUUGAUUUCUAUAAGUCAAUUGUGCAGCAAUGGUAAUUGAGUUGUUGAUCAAAAGUAUAUAUUUGUUGCUGAUCAAUUGUCAUGUAUUUAAUAUAAUGAUAUCAAUGAGACAUGUCUUGUGUUUUUAUAAGGUUUGCCUCGGGAGCGAAGCCAGGAUUUUUGCAUCGGGGGGGCCAAAAUCGAAUAAUUGUACGCAUUUCUUUACUUCGUAAAAAUGAGCAAAAGUGAUAUAUAUAUUUUUUAUGAAUUGGUUUACUCUUUAUAUCAUAAAAAAUGAGUCAAAAUUGUUGGCAACAACCCUGCCAAACUAAGCACUACAAUCAAAGUUCUAAACGCACUGAACUCACUAUUUGCAAACCAAAGGAAACCUAAACUUAGGACCAAGAGACAAAGCUAACAAGACCAAAAACUAGUCAAAUUUUCUUCCGGGAACAAAACUGCAAUAUCCUACUUAAUGCGUUCAAUCAUCUCCUUAUGUUUUUUCUUGACACCUCCAUGCUUCAGCUGACAUCUUUCACGUCAUAUAGUACUGACUAUUGGCCUGCAAACUGCCCUAGCAACCUGGUUUCUCACCUGCUUUCCUUUGAACUAAACAGAAGCCCACUGCAGUUCAGCAUCCCAAUCAUCAGUUGGAAUUUUGGAAAAGCUUUGGCCAAUAACCCUGCAAACAAUUCCUUAAACACACAACAUUCACUAAACAGGUGAGCUCUUGUCUCUAAAGGGCAAGAACAGAACACACAAGAAAGGGGCCCUCUGCCUCCUCAGUUUGCAACCUUAUCACUGGUUGUGAUAUAAUUAUUGACAACCAACCAAGUAAGGAAUUUAUCCCUUGGGGGAGAUGGACCUUUCCAGAUUAAGGGGCACCAGAGAACAGGUGCUUCUUGCGGCCUGAAAGACUCACAAACCAGUUUGAUACUAUACUUCUUCAUUACCUUACCAUUUCACAUAACCUCACCAUUCACCAUAGACACCUGUUGGGCAAUCCUAUCUCUGCUUUUCAACAAUUUUAAUCAAAUCCAAGAACCAGUUUUGGAUUGAAAUGUCCAAAAGUCUUGGUUCUUAAGCCUGUAUUCCCUAAGCCAUGCCACCCAAAGAGAUCCCUCCUGCAAAAGGAUUAGCCAAAUGUGUCUAAUCACACAAGAGAAAUUCCAGCUCACUAGGUCUCUUAUUCCCAAUCCACAUUCCCUCUUAGGGAGUGCUAAAUAAUGCCAGGCUGCAGCAGCCCUUUUUUCCCCCAUCACAUACUCCCCAUAGGAAAUCCCUACAGAGCUUCUCAAUCUCCUUUAUAACCCUUUUUGGAAAAAUAAACACUGUCAUCCAGAACUAUGUUAAGCUUGCAAGCACAGAAAUCACCAACUGUAACCUCCCUGCAUAGCUAAGAAACUUUGUUUUCCAACUAUGAAUUCUACCAGUUACUUUAUCUAACAGAGGUUUACAUGCCUUGAUUGAAAGCUUGCCAGGAAUGAGAGGCAAUCCCAAAUAUCUGAUUGGAAGAGAUCCUAGUUUAUACCUGCCCUCUGAGCCAUCUAUUUUUGCCAUUCUACAGGAAUUCCACCACAUAAUAAUUCACAUUUCUCAAGAUUUGACUUUAGACCAUAAAUUCUCCUAAACUCCCCCAACACUCUCUGAAUACAUUGAAUACCAUGAUUUGAACCAUCAGAAAAUAGAAGCAAAUCAUCUGCAAAAAUUAAAUGGGUCAAACCCAGCCUCUUGCACAUAGGAUGGAAAGACAUUUUUCCCUCUCUAACUACCUUGGACAUUAAGCACGAUAGGAUUUCCAUAGAUAUGACAAACAUAUAAGGAGACAGUGGAUCCCCUUGUCUUAAGCCUUUUUUAGCUGAGAAAUACCCCACUAUACCACCAUUAAACCCCACACUCAACUUAGGGGUAGUAACACACAUAACAAUCCACCUCACAAAUAGAUAAGGGAAAUUCAUUGCUUUUAACAUAGUGAUUAAAAAAUCCCAGUCCACCGAGUCAAAGGCCUUCAUAAUAUCAACUUUAACAAUGCUUCUUUGAGAGAUAUCAUUUCUAUUAUACUUCUGGACCAGUUCAUGAGCUAAUAAGAUGUUAUCACCAAUUACUCGCCCUUUAAUGAAUGCAGUUUGAUUAUGACUUAUAAGGGAAGGCAAUAUUGUGCUAAGCCUAGCAACAAGAAUUUUUGCCACACACUUGUAAAGUGUGUUACAACAGGAAAUGGGCCUAAACAACUUCAUCUCCUCAGGUUUCUGAACCUUAGGUAUUAAUGCUAAGAGUGUAGAAUUUGUACCUGAAGGAAAAGAACAACUAAGUAGACAGUGUUGCACAACAGAAAUAAUGUCAGGACCAACAAUAUGCCAUGCUGUUUGGAAAAAACAUGCUGGGAAUCCAUCAAGCCCCAGGCUUUUAUCCCCUUUGAAUCCAAACAGGUUGUUCUUUACUUCAUCUUUCGAUACAAGCCUAAUUAAAGCAGCUUGCUGCUCCUCAUCAACUUUAAAUUGCAGGAGGUCUUGCAUUUCCUCAAUACUACUCGCCUCAACCUGUGAGUCCUUCUGCCCCAGCAACCUUUUAUAGAAUAACUAAGCAAUCUUGCA